UGAGUCUUCCAUGUGUCCCUCGCAUGUAACCGCUCCCAUUAGAGGUAGGGAUUAUUUAAGAGGAAACAAAAAGUACCUUUGGUUACCUUUUAAAACCAUACAGCCUUACUGGAACACUUGCCAAGAUUUUAGGAAGUUGUCAGAAAACAACAAACUUCUCAAGAAUGGAAUCAUCCACGCUGACCUUAGAGCAAUGUGAACCUAAAAGGAAAAAAAAGCUGGACAAAUACAAAAUACUCUCCGUGGUGCUUUUUGUUGCCCUGGUAGUCAUGUCACUUGGAUUAGGACUAGGACUGGGGUUAAGAAAGGAUACAGUUCAAGAUGUUCCUGUACCAGCUUUAGUAACAUGCAGGAACAGAUGCUAUGAUGCAUAUUCUGGGAAAGAUGGUGAUUGUCGCUGUGAUCAACAAUGCAUAGAGCAAGGAAACUGCUGCUUUGAUUAUGACGACCUUUGCAUUAAACCAAAGGAGGUAUGGACUUGCAGCAGAGUUCGAUGUGCUGAGAAGAGGAUACUAGGCAGCCAUUGCUCAUGUUCAGACGACUGCUUGGAAAAAGGAGAUUGUUGUACUAAUUACAAAGAAGUUUGCAAAGGCGACACACCCUGGGCAGUAGACGAGUGUCCAACAAGUACAAAUCCCCAGUGCCCUGAAGGUUUUGAUAUCCCACCUGUUAUCCUUUUUUCACUGGAUGGAUUUCGUGCAGAGUAUUUGCAAACAUGGAGUUAUUUAAUGCCAAACAUUGAAAAACUAAAGAAUUGUGGAACUCAUUCUAAGUAUAUGAGAGCAGUGUAUCCAACCAAAACCUUCCCUAACCACUACACCAUUGUUACUGGUUUGUAUCCAGAGUCCAAUGGUAUUAUUGACAAUAGCAUGUAUGAUGUCAACAUGAACAGGUUUUUCUCCCUUUCUGGAAAUGAUAAAUUUAAUGCUUCAUGGUGGCAAGGACAGCCGAUUUGGCUGACUGCAAUGUAUCAAGGACUCAAAGCUGGUACUUUCUUUUGGCCUGGGUCAGAUGUUGCUGUAAAUGGAUCUUUCCCCAACCUUUACAGACUGUAUAAUGGCUCUGUUCCAUAUGAGGAACGUGUAUCUUCUAUACUAAAGUGGCUUGACCUCCCAAAAAAUGAGAGGCCUGAUUUCUAUACACUGUACAUUGAGGAGCCAGACAAGUCAGGACAUUCGUAUGGACCAGUCAGCGGUGGUGUAAUUAAUUCUUUGUUACUUGCUGAUAAAACCAUGGGGAUGUUGUUGGAUGGACUGAAACAAAGGAAUCUUCAUAACUGUGUGAACCUGAUUGUCCUUGCAGAUCAUGGAAUGGAAAAAACAUACUGUGAGAAAUUAGAGUAUAUGACUGACUACUUUGAAAAAGUAAAUUUCUACCUAUAUGAUGGGCCAGCAGGAAGGAUUCGUUCAUAUAAUGUCCCAGAAGAAUAUUUUACCUUUGAUUCUGAUGGAAUUGUGAAAAAUUUAACUUGCAGAAAACCUGUUCAGCACUUCAAGCCUUAUAUAAAAUCGGACCUGCCUAAACGAUUCCACUAUGCUAAUCAUAUCCGCAUUGAUAAGGUUCACCUCUAUGUGGACAGACAGUGGCUGGUUGUUAAGGAUAACAAAUACACUUUCUGUGGAGGAGGAAACCAUGGCUAUGACAACGAGUUCAAAAGCAUGGAGGCAAUUUUUAUUGGACAUGGGCCAGGAUUUAAAAGAGGAGUAGAGGUGGAACCUUUUGACAAUAUUGAAAUCUAUAAUUUAAUGUGUGACUUAUUACAAAUUCACCCAGCUCCAAACAACGGGACCCAUGGCAGCUUGAACCAUUUGUUGACUAGACCGUUUUACACUCCAUCUUUUCCGGCAGAGAAAUCAAACCCAUUAACCUGCCCUUUAUCACAACCUGCCUCCAAUUUAGGUUGUUCUUGUAAUUACUCUGGAGAUGAAGAAAUCUUGAACCAAAGGUUAAACCUCAGUGGAGAAAGCAUAAAUCAGGCUGAGCAAAUUAAUUUGCCUUAUGGGAGACCCAGAAACUUACAGGAAAAUAGUACUUACUGUGUCCUUUACCAGGAGGGCUUUGUGAGUGGUUAUAGUCACGAUAUAUUGAUGCCACUAUGGAGUGCUUAUAAUGUACAAAACCAGGGAGAAACGUCAACUCUCCCACCCACACUUGGUGAAUGUCUGCGGCCUGAUGCUAGAAUCCCUGAAGCAAAAAGCCAGAAAUGCUCCGACUACAAGCCAGAUAUGAACAUUACUCAUGGUUUCCUCCAUCCUCCCAAUUUUAACAAGAGUGAGAUUGAACAAUAUGAUUCUUUAAUCACAAGUAACAUGGUCCCCAUGUACCAAGAAUUCAAAAAAAUAUGGGACUAUUUACAUAAUGUACUUCUGGUGAAAUAUGCUUCAGAAAGAAACGGUUUGAAUGUGGUCAGUGGUCCAGUCUUUGAUUACAAUUAUGAUGGGCAUGUUGAUGCACUUGAUGAAAUUAAACUACAUGUCCAAGGCACUCUGAUUCCAGUCCCAACACACUACUUUAUGGUGCUGACCAGCUGCAAUGAUACGGGAAUCAAUCCUCUCAAUUGCCCUGCAACUCUUGAUGUCCUUUCAUUCAUCAUUCCCCACCGAGCAGAUAACAGUGAGAGCUGUGCAGAUGGUAAACCAGAAUCAGAAUGGGUUGAAGAACGACUUCGUGCUCAUGCUGCACGGGUCAGAGAUGUGGAGUUACUGACAGGACUGGACUUCUACCAUGACAGGAGUCAACCCAUCACAGAACUCUUGCAGCUUAAAACAUUUUUGCCAACUUUUGAGACUGUCAUCAACUAAGCAUUGGUACCGUGUAUUGUAAGGAGGCUAGAAAUUAAAAUACUAAAAACUGAAUAA